AUGAAUCGUAACAUUUUAAAUGACGAAGAAUUAUUGGAACUUCUUUAUAAUACUAAUUGGUCGGACAGUGAAGAUGGUUUAGAUGUUUCUGACAACGAACAAGACCAUAAUGUUGUAAAUAUUCACGAAAAUAUUGGUAUUCCUACUAAUGACAAUGAUGAAGGUAAUUUGGAUUUAUUGGAUUUGCCAAUUGAAAUACAAUCUAAUUCUGUGGAAACAAUACAUUUACCUUCUGUUUCUACAUCAAAUUUGACUAAUCAAAACCAAUCUAAUGUUUUAAACUUAACACCAAGACGCAGUGUAAGACAUGUAUCGAUCUCACCAUUAGUAAAUAAUUCUAGAGCUGAUACCAACGAGUCAUCAAAUGCAAAAAAAACAGGUAAUUUACAAAGAAAACCAGCUGCUUUAACAAAUUUAAAAUGGAAAAAAGGUAGUUUAGUCACACCUUCUGCAUGUCUAACAUUUAUUGAACCUACACUUCCUCAUGAUUUGCUUUUACUUGAAACACCACUGGAUUUCUUUGCUUAUUUUUUCACUAAUGAGCUUCUUACCAAAAUCAAAGAGGAAACUGAAUUGUAUGCUGUUCAAAAGAAUCCCAACAAACCAGUUUCUCUCAGUAUUAAUGAAAUAAAAAGGUAUUUGGGAAUUUGUAUUUAUGCUUCUGUACUACAUGUGCCAAAAAUUAGGGAUUAUUGGUCUGCUGAAUUGGGCUACCCUGUGAUAUUUAAUGCUAUGAGUCGCAAUAGAUUUGAGCUGAUUAAAAGUGUUUUACAUUUCAAUAAUAAUGAUUCUAUGCUAUCAUCAAAUGACCCAAAUCAUGAUCGACUUCAUAAGCUGAGACCUCUAAUUGAUUAUUUGAAUAGUCGCUUUUCUUCUAUACCUUGCAAACAAGAUUUAUCUUUAGAUGAACAAUUAUGUGCAACUAAAGCACAAAGUUAUAUGAAACAGUAUCUUCCAGAUAAACCACAUAAGUGGGGGUUUAAAUUGUUUGUUUUGACAGAUAUACAAGGAUAUGGAUAUCGUUUUGAGAUUUACUCGGGCCAAGAAAACAAUUCGAUAUUUCGACACCCCAAUGAACCAGAUUUCGGAGCUUCGUCAAAUGUAGUAGUAAGGUUAUCAAGAAAUGUUCCGGUCAACAAAAACCAUAAAAUAUAUUUUGAUAAUUAUUACACUGCUAUUCCAGUGAUGGAAUUUUUAUACCAAAAAAAUAUAUAUAGUUUAGGUACGGUCAGAAUAAAUCGUCUUCCUAAUUGUCCUUUACCUGACAAAAACGGCGAAAAAAAAAUGAAAAGAGGAGAAUCGAUAGAGUAUAUCACAUCUUAUGAGUCCGCGCCUAUUUCUGCAGUUAUAUGA